AUGUCGUGGUUAUUUGGAGUUAAGCCUCAGGCCGCGGUGCCGCCACAACAGCCAGAAGGAGCAGGUACGUUCACUGUAAUCGUUUACAAUAUUAUCGUAAAUAUUUUUUUGUUUUACUUUUUAUACAGAAAAAUAAUGUUGUUAAUAAAGUUUUUAAUUUGUUUAUAGCUCCAUCAGGGCCACCACAGCCUCAAGGUGGAGCAGCGAAAGGAGAUGGUUCUCAGUUUAACUACUCCUUCGAUUCUACUGCUUUGGAAAGAGCUGCCCGUGCCGCCAAGGAACUGGAAAGCUCCUCAAAUGCUAAACAAGCAUUGGAAUUGUCAAGACUUCAAGAAAUCACAAAACAGAAGGAAAUCGAAGUUCACCAAAAGGUAAGUUAUCCAAAACAUAUUAACCUUGCAAUUGUUACAAAAAUCUGUAAAAAUAGUUAUUACGUCAUUUUUAAGGAUAUCAAAAAGCAGCAUGUUAUUUAUAAACAUUAGUUUUUGACUAAUCAUUUAUGGUUUUUUCUGAAAUAUAAGUAAUAUAUGUUAAUACUUCAGCAAAUCGAGGCUCAAAUUGCUUCUAUGAAAGCUGAAGGAGCACGAUUAGCUGAAGAAGAACGACGAAAGACGUUACAGAAGGAAACAGAGCACGCCAAUUCUGUAAGUUAACUAUUACUUUUGUUUUCAUAUUUAGAUAGAACAGUCACACAGAUAAGUUACUUUGAAUAUACAUUUUCAGAGGGCACAAUACCAAGAUCAGCUGGCGAGAAAGCGGUCGGAAGAUGAGCUCAAGUUGAAAGCUGCGAUGCAGGAAGAACAACUGAGAAAGCAAGAAGAAUCCGUGAAGAAGCAGGAAUCUCUGAGGAAGCAGACCAUAGAACAUGAACUUCAACUCCGUCACAAACUCGAUCUGGAGAGGAUUCAAGCUGAAGUCAAGGCAAAAGCGAAGGCUGCCAGAGAGAAUAGAGAUGUCAACUUGGAGAUGAUGAAGGCUAGUGAAGAAGAACAUCGUAAAACAAUUGUGGAGCAAAUCAAGUAUGUUGUUGUAUUAUAAAUUAUGUUUUUGAAUAUAUGUUUUUAUAGGUUUCUCUAUCUCAAUUUUAUAUAGUUACAUGAAGUAAAGCACGUGCAAAAUACGGAAUAUAAAACAGGUUGCUAAAGUUGACUUUUCAGAACAAGUGGAGCGGUUAUUGGUGCCGGCCUUCAAGAGUUUGUGAAUGAUAAGACCAAAGUUGUUACAGCUGUGGGGGGAUUAACAGCCUUGGCUGUGGGAUGGUAUACGGCUAAAAGAGGAACUGGAGUAGUCGCUAAAUACGUCGAUGGCAGAUUAGGAAAACCAUCCUUGGUCAGAGAAACGUCUAGAGUAACACCAUUUGAAUUGGCCAAACAUCCAAUCAAAACGGCCAAAACCUUUUUGAAGAGAUCUGCCGAUCCAUUGGAAGGCGUGGUACUUAAUGUAGGUUAUAUUUCUAUUACCAUUUGUAUACUUGGGUGUAUAUGUAGCUGUUUCUAUUACAUUUCAUGUUAUUUAGCCUUCACUGGAGUCUCGUCUUCGUGAUGUAGCCAUAACCACGAUGCACACCAAAUCGAACAAUGGAUUGUUUCGAAACGUGCUUUUCUAUGGACCUCCAGGAACGGGUAAAACAAUGUUUGCUAAAGGGUUGGCCAAGCAUUCCGGACUGGACUAUGCCAUUAUGACUGGUGGUGAUGUGGCACCAAUGGGUAAGGAUGGUGUGUCAGCUAUCCACAAAGUAUUCGAUUGGGCAGAGGGAUCUCGUAAAGGGUAAGUUAACUUGUUUGAAUGAUUAGAUAAAGAAAGUAAUUGUUACGUUAAAAGGACGUUUAGUACUUUAAACCUUAUAAAAAUAGAUUUAAUAUUAACUAUAGGUUUUGAUGGUUUCAGUUUGGUGUUAUUUGUGGACGAAGCCGACGCUUUCCUUCGCAAAAGAUCGACUGAGCAGAUCAGUGAAGACGUCCGUGCCAUGCUGAACGCCUUCUUGUACCGUACUGGUGAACAGAGUCGUCACUUUAUGUUAAUCUUGGCCAGUAAUCAGCCAGAACAGUUCGAUUGGGCCGUCAACGACCGUUUGGAUGAACUGGUCGAAUUUGGUCUACCUGGCCAACCUGAGAGAGAACGAAUCCUACUUGAAUAUUUUAAUGAAUUCAUCUCCAAACCGGCUACUGAAGGCUCACGGAAACAACGCCUGAAGAUUGCCCAAUUUGAUUGGGUGAAGAAGAUGGAGGAGAUAUCUCACUCGACCGAAGGAAUGUCUGGUCGUGAACUGUCAAAGUUGGUGUUGGGAUGGCAAGCAAGUGCUUAUGCCUCCAAAGAUGGGUUCUUGACUGAAGAAAUCAUCGACAGAAACACGAAGGAGGCCAUCAAACAACACGGCAGGAAGAUGGAAUGGCUGGCUGUCAAGGGAAACGAAAUCGGAGCCAAAUCAUUGGUAAGUUAACAUAAUUUCUAUAAUGUAGUUAGAAGAAACGAGCUUAACGAUGUUAUAUAUGUUGAAAAAUAUAGGGAACACUAUGGUAUAAUGUAAUAUUGUCGAAUAAUGACUGAUUUCAGACUCCACCCUCACUUAAACACGAACCGAUCGAAGCUCGACUCAAGAAGGAAACCGCCGUCUGA